UCCUGAUCGCUCAGCUGACUCGAGAGGAAUCGUGUACACACAGGGAGUCAUGGCGGCGGAGAUCCACUCGAGGCCCCAGAGCUCCAGACCCGUUCUGCUCAACAAGAUCGAGGGCCACAGCGACGGCGUGAACGCGGCGGUGCUGAUCCCGAAGGAGGAUGGAGUUAUCACGGUCAGCGAGGACAGGACGAUUCGAGUUUGGCUGAAGCGGGACAGUGGACAGUACUGGCCCAGCAUCUACCACACUGUGUCCUCUCCGUGCUCCUGUAUGUCAUAUCACCACGAGAGCAGGCGGAUCUUCAUAGGCCAGGACAAUGGGGCUGUUGUGGAGUUCCUCAUCUCAGAAGACUUCAACAAAAUGAACCAUGUCAAAACAUACCCAGCUCAUCAGAACCGUGUGUCGGACCUCAUCUUCUCUCUGGAGAGUCAGUGGCUGAUCAGCACAGGUCAUGAUAAAAGCGUCAGCUGGAUGAGCACUCAGAGCGGCUCUAUGCUGGGACGCCACAGCUUCGGCUCAUGGGCUUCCUGUUUACAAUAUGAUAAGGAUACCCAGCAUGCCUUUGUUGGAGAUCAUUCAGGUCAGAUCACUCUGUUGAAACUGGAUGAACAGAGCAGUUCUGUCAUUACUACACUAAAGGGACAUGAAGGUAGUGUUGGAGUGUUAUACUGGGAUCCGGUUCAGAAGUGGCUGUUCUCCGGAGCGUCUGAUCACAGUGUGAUCAUGUGGGACAUUGGUGGCAGACAGGGACGCGCAUUACUACUGCAGGGACACCAUGAGAAGGUCCAGGCGCUGCGGUAUCUUCCUCUGACCCAUCAGCUGGUGUCCUGCUCUUCUGAUGGAGGAAUAACCGUGUGGAACAUGGAGACCACACGAGAAGAGGCUCCUCAGUGGCUGGACAGUGACUCCUGUCAGAAAUGCCAACAGCCAUUUUUUUGGAAUGUAAAGCAGAUGUGGGACACCAAGACCUUGGGGCUCCGACAGCAUCACUGCAGGAAGUGUGGUAAGGCGAUCUGUGGGAAGUGUAGCUCUAAGCGCUCCACGUACCCCAUCAUGGGCUUUGAGUUCCAGGUGCGCAUGUGUGACGACUGCUACGACACAAUCAAAGAGGAAGAUCGGACUCCUCUGGCUACGUUUCAUGAAGGGAAACACAACAUCGCUCACAUGGACAUGGACCCGAGCCGAGGACUGAUGGUCACCUGUGGGAGUGAUCGAGUUAUUAAGAUCUGGGACAUGACGCAGGUGGUGGGCAGCAGUGUAGCGACGGGAUUCUCUGCUCGCUGAUUGGCUGUUUCUGAAGGCUCCACCCACACUCCUCCAACAGAGAUCAUGGAAGCGCUCACCUACCUGUCUUAACUCUCUCGUCCUUCAGCUGUGGAGUCAACGGACACUUCAUCACGGUGUGUGUGAAUAUGUGUGUCGUCGGGAUGCUCCUUGAUUUUAUAAUUCAGGCGUUCAUGUCUCUUAUGAGGUAUGAUGUCCUGGAUUUAAGCAAACAUGAACUCAAGGUACUUCUAAAAGCACAACAUUUGCACUCUUUCUCUCUCUCUGUGUGUGUGUGUGUGUGUGUGUGGUGCUUUGUCACAGACUGAAGGUUUCUGCCGUUUUGUAUUUCCUUUAUCCAGAAGUACCACUCGAACACAGGAAGUACUCCUUCAUCACAUCCUGUUUCUUCUUCAGCCUUCUUUCUUGUUUAGUAACCAGCUCUCGUGUUACCAUGGAAAUUAGUGUUCCAUAGUAACGAUGGAACAUUCCCGUACAAACUCAGCGUUUUCCCGCUAAAAAUGUCACUGCGACCCAACAGUGAAGUGAAGAUAGAGUUCAAACUAAGAGAUGGACAGGUUCAGGUCAGAUAGGCGAGGGACAUCCAUGGAGCAUAGUUAAUAGUGUUCAGUUGUAAAACACUAUUUAUAGCACUAAUUAUUGGUUUUCUGUGAUUUAGGGACAAAUUAUGGUAUGGAGGCUUGUUUCCGCCACGGGAUACAAUUUUUUAAAAAGCAACUUUUCAUCUCACAAUUCUGCUGUUUUUCUUGCAAUUGUGAGUUUGUCUCAUAAUUCUGUUUUCUGUUUCUGCCCCAACAUAAAAAAUGGUAAUUGUAAAAUUUUAUUAAAAAAUUAAAUUAAAUAAAAAUUUUUUUUUUUUUUUUAAGUUGUGAAAAUUACGAUCUAAGAAUUGUAUACAGUGUGUAAGUCUGUCCCUCACAGAUUUAUUUAAUAUGGCACCUAACCUGACUAGGUUGGUAUAUGCAAAUUGAAAUUGACUCACAGCUCACAACUAACGUCAAAUUGGCCAAUGAGAAGAGAGAACUCUAACCUGUUUACAAACAUUAUAACUGACCAGCGCUGUGUUUUACUUUCGUUCUUUCUUUCUCUCAGUCGUUUUCCCUCGUUGAUUGUGUCUCCGAGUUCUCUGUUCCUUGCACUGAAUUGCACUGUGUGUGUGUGUGUGUGUGUUCCUGAUCUGAUGGUACAAUCGGCAUCUGUGCGAGUGUUUGCAUUAAAUGGCUUUUUUUGUUAAUUUCAAUAUACAUCCCAUUCUGAGCUUUGUAAGAUUUUGUAGCUGAUUUUCCUCAAAAUCCAAAAGGGUGUGAAUGUAUGAAGAGCUGUUGAAUGCAGUGAUCUGACAGAAAGCAGGUUUUCUAUGAUGUCGUUGUUGUGUGUGACAUAAUUUUUGUGUCGUUUAAUUUGAAAUAUACUGAUGACGAUUGUAAUUUCUCAUCAGGGAACUGAGGGAGUACUAUUUUCUUUGUUUCGUUUAUUCUUUUUCCUUCAUUUACCUUAAAAAACGUGCUGCGAGUAAAGGGUGAAUCUCGCAAAAUUUGACUAGAAUGUCGUAAGAUUCAUCCCAAUUUUCUUUUGAAUUAUUGCUCUUAUGUGUCUUAACAUCUGUUUUACUGAAACUGACACUUCAGGGAGUCACACCGGUUCAGUUUAACCUCCAUGUAAAAUCACACAAACUGUUUUCCUUAUCUUCAGGCGUUAAAACAUUGUAAAGUUCAACAUGCUUCUAAUGUUCGAACCCUAAAACUGUAAAUAAUGACUUUGAGACCUGUUUUUCUAUGUGCUUUUUUCUAAAGUUUACUUUGUUUCGGUAGUUCAGUAAAGAAGUAUUAUUCUCUCUAUGUAUACAAAGUUGAGUUCAAACAUCUGUAUUUUUCAUAUAAAACGUCUGCCGCUAAUAUGAAACCUGAUGACUGUAGUUUCAGUCAGAUUGAACAAAAUAUUACAAUAAAGAUCUGAGCUGUAUCUCAUGCGAGAGAUAUAGUUAUUCUGGACAUUUAAA